CAAGGUUGUUUGGCUGAAUGGCCUCUUCUUGUCCAGAUUCUUCUGAUGUUCAGAUUUUUUUCAGAGCUGGUAACCUACCUAAAGCUAAGCCAGCACUUAGAUGGGAGACCACUUAGGAAAAGCUUGGGUUGUUGCUGGAAACGAUUUAUGAAUAAAUCACAAAAACUUUUGUGUUUGACUUCUUUUUUAAGAUUCUGGUUUUUGAUGCUUACUGUCAAUGUCCUGAUUGAGUCUGACAUGGAGUUUGAUGUUUGAUGAUCAGUAUUCACAGAAAUGAACUUCACCUCCUGGCCAGAAAUUAGGAUGGCGGUGCUCCUUCAACUUAAUACAAUUAAACCUCUCACGGUGAAGUGGUAAUGCUUUAAAAAGAUUUUAGAUUAAUGAUUUACUGUCAGAUGCUUUCUUGCCUUUAAUGUUUGUUUCAUGUCUUGCCCUGGGAGUUUGGCUUUCAUUUUGACUUUGUGGCUUUACGCCACCUGUUUUGAUCCCAGCUUUUACUUUGGAUGCCUGUGUCCUGGUAGAUCUUCUCAAAGCUGCUGUUUUCAUUGUACAUUGUAAUUUAUCAGGUUUUGUCGCUGGGAGACCACGUCAGGAGUAUCGGUUCGUAUCUCUUCGGUAUCCCCUUCAUGUUAAUAAAGCAGCCAUUCAGGUUGUCAUGUCAUUCAUGUUCUGCCCUGCAUACCACAGUCACUCACUGGUGAGGUUUGAAUUUUUCCACUUGUUCAUCAGCCCUGGUUCAUGCAGAUGCACUUUAGGGAUGUCCAUGAGCUUCUCAGAGGAUUGAGUCCAGGAGCCUCCUGCUGAUCCAUGUCUUUCAUGAUUUGUUUCUUUGUUCCAUAUGUGAAGUCCUCACCUGACUCCAUUAAUGUAAAUCUGCGGUUGUUGUUGUUCUGUUUCCAGUAAUAUGGAAGAAGAUGGUUCUAGUUUCUCUGUAACUGGUCAUUUGUUUGUUAUUUGUGUAACAGAGGUUGUUGUUUCAAUGACACUGCAGUGUGACGCAUUCACAGACUAUAAAUACCAGUAUGACUGCAUUCUGUCAUCAGCAGUCGAGUUCCUUUUAUUUUCGUUUCUUCAGAAUCGACUCCCGUGUGUCAGACGGCAUCUUCUCUCACGAUGGCAGCAGCUGAAAUUCCUCUGUCCACUGAUCACUACACCUGUCCAGUGUGCCUGGAGGUCCUAAACGUGCCGGUCACCAUCUCAUGUGGACACAGCUACUGUAUGGAAUGCAUUAAUAAGCACUGGGAUCGGUCAGGGUUAAAGGGGAUUUACAGGUGUCCUCAGUGCAGAAUGGAAUUCCAUCCAAGGCCAAAGCUUCACAAAAAUAUGACUCUCACAAAUCUGAUAGGAGAGUUAAAGGAAAAAGGAGUCAUCAGAGCUUCACCUCAUGGUAAUGCAGAACCUGCCAAUGUGCCCUGUGACUUGUGUCCAGUGCGAAAACGGAGAGCUUCAAAGACCUGCAUGACCUGCAUGGCCUCCUACUGCGAGAGUCACCUGCAGCCACACUUGGACUCGGCAGCCUUCAAGAGACACAAACUGGAGAGCCCAACUGGAAACCUGGAAGAGAAACUCUGCUCAAAGCACCAGAAAGUCCUGGAGAUGUUCUGUAGGACCGACGAGAUCUGCAUCUGCUCGAUGUGUGCAGCGACUGAGCACAAGAGUCACCACACCAAGAUACUUGUUGAAGAGAUAACUGAGAGAAAGAGUCAGCUGGAAAAGACAACAAAAGAAGUGAAAAGGAGAGUCCAGGAGAAAGAGAAGAAGCUGGCUGAAAUGAAGGAGACUGAAAGGAGGAUUCAGAGAUCUGCAGAAAAAGAGGAGAAGGAACAUGAGGAGAACAUCAAGUCUAUGCUUCAGUCCAUUGAGAGGCUGAAGUCAGAGGUCGGUGAGGCCAUUAGAGGUCACAAACGGGGUGAAUUGAGUAAGGUUGAAGGUGUCAUCAAGCAACUGGAGAAGGAGAUCAAGGAGCUCAGGAAGACAGAAUCUGAGCUGGCCAACCUUUCAAGGACCGAUGACCACAUGCAAUUGUUGAAGAUGUUCCAUAAGGUCCUUGUCCCUCCUGGUGAUGGCAAUGCUCCCAAUAUCACUGUAAAUGAAGGUUUCCUUCCAGAAACUCUGAAGAAGAAACUGUCAGAAGCAAAGAAGAGUUUGGAGGAGAUCAGGGAGUUUGUGAAGAGGAAUAAGACAGGCUCUAAGGUUUCAAAUGAUGCCCUGCAGAACCCAAGUAGAAAAGACUUUUUAAAAUACUCCCGUUCUCUCACCCUGGACCUCGACACGGCACACAAACGCCUGCACCUCUCUAAAGAGAAAAAGAAGGUGACAUGUGAGGAGAAAGAGAAGCAAUAUUACGGUCACGCUGACAGAUUCGAGAAGUGGCAGCAAAUCUUGUGUAAGGAAGCCCUCUCGACGAUCCACCACUAUUGGGAGGUUGAGUGGAGUGGAGACAAAGCUGAAAUUGGAGUAACAUACAGAGGAAUAGGAAGGAAAGGAGCGGGUAACGAGUGUGUCCUCGGACUGAAUGACAAGUCCUGGAGUUUGUGUUGCUCUGAAGCAGGGGUCUCUGCGUGGCACAAUAACCAGAAGACUGACAUAAGCGUCCCCAUUAGUCACAGAAUAGGAGUGUAUCUGGACAGUCCAGGGGGGUCCCUUUCAUUUUACAACGUUUCCGACACCAUAACCCUGCUGCACAAGUUCAACGCCUCCUUCACCGAGCCGCUCUUUGCUGGGUUUAGGGUUCGACCAAACUGCAGUGUGACAAUCUGCCCUCUGAACCGCUCUGACCAGAGACUGGCUUCGUCUGCAAGUCACUCCACGUCUUCUGUCUUCUAAUUUUAAUUUUAGAAUCAUCAGGACAAUUCCACAGAUUCCUCACUUCAUUUCUGGUGCCUUCCACAAACAAACACUUACAGAGUCACUGGCCAUCCUGCCAUUCCUCCUGACCAUGUGAUCCUGGGCCACUGUGGUUAGUGGGGGGCGCCAUCCUUCAAGGUUGGCAUCAUCAAGAAAGCAACAAGGACAGCUGACCAUCAGUGGACAUCAGACUGGAAGUCCCUCACCCCAGCUUAUGUUCAAUACUUUCCAUGGCCACUGUCAUUAUGAUUUACAAUUUAAAUUCAACCUUAAGUAGAUCAGCAAGCAAAGCUGUGGAGAGAAACAACUUGAGAGUCCCGUCGCCGUCACAUGGAGAAGGAAAUCCCAAUUUAGACUGUAAAUAUUAAAUAGUAACUGUAAAUCAGAGGUCAGAACUGAUGCUCAAUACUUUUUUAAUUCUGUUUAUGUCACUUUAAUCCAAACCACUGGCACAAUUGUUCACAGGUCUGCCUCACCACUCCAGGGCACUCGGUUCAGAUUUAGCCCGGCCACUGGCUGUAUGGAAUGUCCAAGUUCUUCUAAUAUUCUUGUGGAUUUUCUCUGAUUUCUCUAAUUUCCAUUUUUCAUCACACUGGUAAAUCACACUUUAAAACGGCUACUUUAUUGGCAUUUCCGUGUGUGCAUCCUGUGGUGGGCUGGCAUCUCGUCCACUGUUUGUUCCUGCAGUGACAUAAUGAAGCCCCUCAUAACAGUAUGAGUUUAAUGACUGCUCCGCUCCUUUUUCAUUUUUUCUAUCCAAUGAUGAUUUUCAUUUUUCUUCUCUGGAUUUGGCCGACGUGGUAAAGGCAUUGACCACCAUUGUAUUCACAGACUUGACUUGACCCCACCAGGUGGACAGGUGUGCUAAAUACACCUGACUGAUGUGGUGAAUUUAUAUCACAGCCAUAACAGCGGGUUUGUAAUCCUAGUGGGAAUCUAAAUAUUUAUUUUUUAUUGCUUAUCUUUUAUAACUUUGUCAUGUUUUUCAUAUUUUUGGACAUUUUGUUCCAGGCCCUUUUCCCAGGUCUACUUAAUAAAUAUUUUGAAUGAGAGUCACAAAUGUGACAAAAAGAAUACGGGUUUUUAAAGUUCAAAAGAAAUUGUUAAAUGUCCUAAAAUUUCUUAAAAAGCCUCACAAGGAAGAUGAACUGUAAAAUCUCUAACCUGAGUGACACAUGCAAUACAGAAAAUCUUCAGAAGUGAGGAAAUGCUUCUUGGUAAAGCAAAAAUAAUAAAAAAUAAAAAAAUAAGGCAGCAGGGUGUAACCAGAACUGAUAAAUAACUACUUGAUAAUUGUGAUUUGUGAGCCCAGUUAUGUUGGCAUACAUGAAGUUGAAGUAAGAUCAGACCUUUCAGGCAGGCUUAGGUGAUUAGGGUAGGUACAGUGUUGGGGUCUUAGAAGGGUGGUCCAUAUAUCACAUAUUCAAGGAGCUCAGAUGGUAGUUACCUAUUCCUGAUCAUUUUCUCAAAUAACUCAAUUAAUUUCUAAAAUGUGUGGGUAUUUAUUUUGUCUCUUCUGCACGCCACCCAACCCGGUACGACCAUCAUUGGCAUUCCCCACUGGAGACCUGGACGAUGAUUGUGCUGUUUCAAUGGCUUCUCUUUGGUCUGGAUUUGUAUGUAUAAAUUACUAUUCUACAAUGUAUAUUGGGAGUGAAAGCUGUAUUUUAAAGCAAGUCAAAAAAUAUAUAUAGUAUAUCCUUUA